UGCAAGGAACCUGGGUGCGGUGCAUUGUGGGAAGGUCAGGCGCUGUCACGGCACUGUCGGUCGGAGCCAUAGACAUUCUAUAUAUGUUCAGAGCUAGAGAAGCUGCAGCGAGUGAAGAUGGCAGCAAGUAGUACUUAUUCCAUAGUGGAGUAUUUUGGGGGAGAGGAUGGAUACAAAUGUGGCUAUUGCAAAAAUGAGAACGGCAACUUUUCUCACGGGAUGUGGUCCCACGCCUUGACUGUGCAGGACUAUCAGGACCUCAUAGACAGAGGCUGGAGGAGGAGUGGGAAGUACAUCUACAAACCUAUAAUGAAUCAAACCUGCUGUCCUCAGUACACAAUAAGGUGUGAUUCUACAAACUUCCAGCCUUCCAAACCUCAGAAGAAGAUCUUAAAGAAAAUGAGCAAAUAUCUGUGCAAAGGAGAGCUUCCCAAGUCUCCCAGUGACGGUGAGCUGAUGGACUCCCUCUGCGAAGAUGCUGGAUCCUGUGAUGCUCCGGCCACAUGCAGAUCCGAAGUGAGUGUGUCUGUGGAGGGGCCUGUAGAAACUGUAAAAUCUGCUGGACCAGAAAAGAAGACAGGCAGGGAGCAGACAGCCCCCCCCAAACCUGGGCUUGGUGCCGAUCCAAGCAGACCACCCUGUCGCAAGGCAAAGGAGGUUCGGAAGGAGAGAAAACUGCAGAAAGAGCUUCAGAAACAGAGUGGGAGGGAAGCAGGGAGCGCCAGCAUCCCACAGACAGAGGCAGCCAGACCCCCACCUCCAUCCAAAACCAUUGAGGAGUUAAUAGCAGAGUCCUUGCCUGCUGAUGCAGUGUAUAAACUGGAGGUGAGGCUAGUGCGGUCGACUCCACCAAGCUCCCAGUUCAAAGCCACUUUCCACGAGUCUUACCAGGUCUAUAAACGAUACCAGAUGACUGUCCACAAGGACCCACCUGACAAACCAUCCGAGAGCCAGGUGAGGUUAGUGCCUGUCUGCUUUGAUGAUCCUGAAUUCACUGCAACAUACAGCCAGUCUGCUGCACUGUACGCCAAAUAUCAGACGGCCAUACAUAAGGACAGCCCCUCGGAGUGCUCUGAAUCGCAGUUCAGAAGAUUCCUCUGCGACUCCCCUCUGGAGCCAGAGAACCCCUCCGAUGGGCCGGACUGUGGCUACGGCUCCUUCCACCAGCAGUACUGUCUGAACGGGAAGAUCAUCGCUGUGGGUGUGAUUGACAUCCUUCCUGCCUGCGUCUCCUCUGUCUACCUGUACUAUGACCCGGACUACUCGGGGAUGUGUCUCGGAGUCUACUCAGCACUCAGGGAACUCGCUUUCACCAGGCAGCUUCACGAGAAAGCCCCCAGACUGCGCUACUACUACAUGGGGUUUUACAUCCACUCCUGCCCGAAAAUGAGAUACAAGGGUCAGUACCGGCCCUCUGACCUGCUGUGUCCGGAGACGUAUGUCUGGGUCCCCAUCGAGCGCUGCCUGCCCAAGCUGGACCUGACCAGAUACAGCCGCUUCAAUGAGACUCCCGAAGCAGUGGAUGUGAGUCGCGUGAAGGAGUUGGGUAAAGUGCUGGUGCUUCACAAGAGGACGGUCAUGCCCUACCUGCUGUAUGCGCGCAAGCGGACAGGCCCCAGCGACGAGGAGACAGUGCUGCAGUACGCAGGCCUGGUCGGGCAGCAGUGUGCUGAGAGGAUGCUGCUGUACCGGGCCUAGAGAACCAGUCCAGGGAAGAGAAGGCGGGACACUGCAGUCUACAGUGUGUACAGCAGCAGCUCAGCACCAGACCUCAAAUCAACAGUCAUGACCUGGCAUAAAAUUGUAAUGCAUACUAUGCUGUAUUUUCACAUGCUGUACAGUAUAUGCAAGACCGAGAAAUCGGUAUAGGUGAUAGAAGGUUUUGUGUCCCUCCUCCUCCCCUCUGUUAUUUAACCAUUUAUAUCCAGGAUAUGACGCUCUUAAUAUUUGUAGCUUUUAUUUAAGUGGAAUUUGUGAUUGGGAUUCAGUUGUCUAAAAGGUGAAACUGGGAAUCCUGUUUUCUGUUUGAAGAUUGUGUAUGUAGUCCAGUAGGUAUCUCGAUGAUAAAAAGGGUUCCAGUAUGUAUUCCUGUUAAAUGUUUUUAAUGGUUACCCAAUAGGUCUCGCGUGACAUUACCACUGAAGCGAAGGACUUGUCAAAUUGAACCUCGGCAUCUUGUCCAUUUUGUAUUGAAACUAACCAGAAAGCUUUCAAUACACAAUGAAACCACAAAUGACUAUUUAGCAGCUUGUGUUCAAAUACAAACAGAUAGCUUUUUAGUCAUGUUGAAAUUACCUGUAGUAGAUUUGCUAAAUAAAAAUAAAAAAAUCUCUCUCUCUCACCAAAGCCAUUAGAAAGGUUAGUUUUCCCCCAAAGAGAGAAAUUAAAUAUGAGCAGUGAAAAUCCACCAUCUUUACAAACUAAGAGAAAUUUCUUCUGACAUUAAAAGGUUAGCAUUUAUUUUAUUUAUUUUUAUUUAUUUUUAUUUUUUAGAACAAAGUAAUUUGUCAGGCAGUUCCACUUUAAUCAAUACCUGUCAUAAACUCUUGUGUUGGAGGGAAGUGGUUUUUGUAAACUUCCACAAAGCAAUGUGCUAAUUAUGCUUAAUAAAUUGUAUGUGGCACAGGGUUAAUACUCUAUAAUAUUUACAGUCUCUUGCUAAGCAUUUACAGAUUUAUUCUGAGUGUUGAAAUUGGCCUGGGAUAGGAGGUUUUGUUUAAUUUUGGGGAGCUUUUUAAAAACGCAAUUUUGAGUAGGAACCUGCUAACAGAAUAUUGCGAGAGAGGCAAAAUCACAAACAAGACAUAAAAAAGUAGAGGUAUAUUAUAUAAUUUGAAGGACCGUCUUCCAGUUCUUGAACCUCACAUCGCACCCUUAGGCAUAGUGAUAUUCCACAGUGACGCACACCAUGCCUUAACCAAAAUGAACGUUAAACAGAUCAGAUUAGCGCUGCUAAUUGGGGUCUGUAAAUAAUUUGUUUUAGAAGAGUUUCCUGAAUUUCCUGGGGGGGGGGGGGGCAGUUUGAGAAGCAGCAUUUGAGAUGGAGAGCUCUGAACCAAGCAGAGUGCUAUAAGGGAACAGGCAGUAGAAUUAUGUUUGUUCACAGGAAGCUUGGCUGUGCAGGCUAUUCAGAUGGAGAGCUCUGAACCAAGCAGAGUGCUAUAAGGGAACAGGCAGUAGAAUUAUGUUUGUUCACAGGAAGCUUGGCUGUGCAGGCUAUUCAGAUGGAGAGCUCUGAACAAAGCAGAGUGCUGUAAGGGAACAGGAAGAGGAGCUGUGUUUGAGAUGGAGAGCUCUGAACCAAGCAGAGUGCUGUAAGGGAACAGGAAGAGGAGCUGUGUUUGAGAUGGAGAGCUCUGAACCAAGCAGAGUGCUGUAAGGGAACAGGAAGAGGAGCUGUGUUUGAGAUGGAGAGCUCUGAACCAAGCAGAGUGCUGUAAGGGAACAGGAAGAGGAGCUGUGUUUGAGAUGGAGAGCUCUGAUCCAAGCAGAGUGCUGUAAGGGAACAGGAAGAGGAGCUGUGUUUGAGAUGGAGAGCUCUGAUCCAAGCAGAGUGCUGUAAGGGAACAGGAAGAGGAGCUGUGUUUGAGAUGGAGAGCUCUGAACCAAGCAGAGUGCUGCAAGGGAACAGGCAGCAGAGUACAGUUUGUUCACAGGAAGCUUGACUCUGCAGGCUUGCUCUGUUCAAUGAGAAGUAUGACAGUGGUGCUGAUGGCAUGUCUUCUGCUGCCUGGCAAACCUUAUCUCUCCGGUGGUCCAUCUGGAGGCAGUUUUAUCUGUAAUAACUUGGUUUUUGGAACCUGCUUCUCUGUUCCUAUAUUUUCCUCCUACACUGUCCAAGUCUUAAUUAACAGGAUAUGUUUUUUUUCUUCUUCUUUAUUUCUGAUAUAUAUAUUUUUUUAUUGAUCUAGUUCAAGUUGCCAUCAAAUGUUGCAUUUCCGCUAGUGCCUCAAGAAAGAAAAAAGAGUUUUUUUGACGUUCAUACUCCAGUAUUGAAAUUAUUGCACCUAAAAACCAAGGGUAGUUGCACAGUAUUUGUAUUUCGAUUGUUUAAUACAUGUACUUGCAACAAAAUGAUCUGAUCAGGAGAAUAACUUUGUUAAAUGAGUGUUUUGAAUGUUUGGAGUUCCAGCCUGACGUCAUUGGAUUGUAUUAUAAGUGCAUGUAGUUAAUGGGCUGUUAAUGUACCUGCAUGUUUAAGUGUAUUCCAAAAAAAUCCCAUCUGAAUUGGUUAAUUUAUUGAAUGAAUCAUUUGGAAAGUGCAAUUGAUGCAAAUACUGUAUGUCUGUUAUUGCUUGGUAACUACUUAGAAAUACUAAAAAAAAAAUUUACAUUCAAAUGACACGUUUGGAAACUUUUUGAAUGUCUUCGUGGUAACUUCUUGGUAAUUGGCAAGUUAUCUUAACGCUAUACCGUAUUCCUUCGAAUUUAAGACGCAGCCCAAAUUUACCACCCUCAAUUUGAGGAAAAAAUAAAACAUCAAAUAAAUAUGCAUUUACAAAGAUACAACCUCAGUUAUGCUGUUGUAUCGCACAAAACUGGCACGAAACAGUGUUGUUGUAGAUUAACCACAGAGCUCAUUUAUUGUGCUGCGGACUGUCAUACACAUACCACUCACUCACUUACGGAAUCACGCAUCCCGGCAACAGCAAGCACGACAUCAUGGAUGAUUCGAGAUCGGGCAGUAGCGUUUUGUUUUGUCUUUUCUCCGCAGUAAGUCACAGUGCCGCUUGUGUAUUCAGGCAGUGACGUCUUUGUUGUUUUUUCUCGGCAGUCAGUCACAUUGCUGUUUGUGUACUCGUGUAGUCACGUCUUUUGUUGGCGAUUUUAAUACACGCAUCACUAUACUGUACUCGAAUUUUAAGAUGCAGGCUACUUUUUAAGAAGCAAAAAAUGGUUAAAAAAGCAUGUCUUAAAUUAGAAGGAAUGCAGUAAUACUCGAGUUUCCAAAUGUGUGCCCUGUAACUGUUUUUGGUUCCAAUUCAUGUGGUCCAAAAAAAUCCAUAGAUGCAUGUGACCGGGUAGCCGAGGGUUGACAUUCCCAGACCAGAUAGCUGACAGAGACAACACAGGCAGGUACUCAGGUGAAAACGCUCUGUGGCACCGUUUUUAUUAAACAGAAAUAAAAUAAAUAUUUAAACAAAAACACUGCUCACAGGGCAAAAUAAAAGUUUGAACAAAAACAAAUCACGAACACAGAACAAAAACACCAAACAAGUACCAUGCUGGUCUGCCCAGCACGGGUAGCAAGUGCUUGCUUGCUUUCUUUCUUGUACUUUCUGUUUCUUUUUCUUUACCUCGUUCUCCUUUACCUCCUCUCUGUACACCCACCCAGAACAACAAAAGCUGCAGGCUUGUAUACUUAUGACCAUCUCCGAAUUAACACUCAAUUAAUCAAUUUCGGAGAUGGUCACAUUCUUUCACAAAUUUUAUGGAAUGGGGCUUCAACCCCAUUGAUGCUGCCAAACAAUAACAAAACAUUGUGUUUUUAAAUAUACACAACAUACAUUCAAAUCAUACAGUAACAUCCCCUGUUAACUUAAACAAUACAUUUAAGUCAUACAAUGCAUUAAGUCACCCUUUUAAAUAAUCACAACAACGCAGUAUUUACAAUACAUUUAAAUCAGUAGGGAUUUUCCCUGCCCCCAUUUAUUAUGUGCAGGGCUUUCUCCUGCCCUGCUGCAUUGCAACACUUCAAACAGUAUUCAGAGAUGUAUUGUAGUUGCACUGUUGCAAGUUGGCUUAGGUGAUGAGAGCUUGUAUAGUAGUGGAAUAGAUUGAGGAUUCUUUAAGAAGCAGAUACUGUAUUACUGGUGUAAGCAGAGUACAUUAUAAAGUUCAGGCUACUGGAAAUCCAACGUCAUGCAGUUUAUAAAAUACAGUGCCGUGAAAAAGUAUUUGCCCCCUGUCUGAUUUUCAUUUUUGCAUAUUUUUAACAUUGAAUCAGAUCUUCAACCAAAACCUAAUAUUAGAUAAAAGGGACCCUGAGUGAACAAAUAACACAAAAAUGUGAUAUAUAUUUCAUUUAUUUAUUAAAGAAAGUUAUGCAACACCCAAUGCCCCCGUGUGAAAAAGUAAUCGCCCCCUCAUACUCAGUAACUGGUUACACCACCUUUAGCAGCAAUAACUGCAACCAAACGCUUCCGUAGUUAUUGAUUAGUCUCUCACAGCGCCAUGGAGGAAUUUUGGCCCACUCCUCCAUGCAGAACUCCUUCAACUCAGUCACAUUUGUGGGUUUGUUUGUUCGUUUCAGGUCCUGCCACAACAUCUCAAUGGGGUUUAGGUCUGGACUUUGACUAGGCCAUUCCAAAACUUUAAAUUUCUUGUUCUUCAACCAUUCUGAUGUAGACUAGACUUGCUUGUGUGUUUCGGAUCAUUGUCUUGCUGCAUGACCCAGCUGCGCUUCAGCUUCAGCUCACGGACGGAUGGCCUGACAUUCUCCUGUAGAAUUCUCUGAUACAGAGCAGAAUUCAUGGUUCCUUCAAUGAUGGCAAGGUGUCCAGGUCCUGAUGCAGCAAAGCAUCCCCAAACCAUGACACUACCACCACCAUGCUUGACCGUUGGUAUGAGGUUUUUACUGUGGAAUGCAGUGUUUGGUUUUCGCCAGACAUAACGGGGCCCAUUUCGGCCAAAAAGUCCCACUUUUGACUCAUUUGUCCAUAGAACAUUGUUCCAACUCUUGAGGAUCAUCCAGGUGCUUUUUGGCAAACUUGAGACAAGCAUUCAUGUUCUUAGUGAGCAAUGGUUACCUUGCUACCCUAGCAUAAAUCCCAUUUUUGCCCAGUGUCUUUCUGAUGGUGGAGUCUUGAACACUGACCUUAGCCGAGGCGAGAGAGGCCUGCAGAUCACUGGAUGUUGUUCUAGGGUUCUUUGUGACUUCCUGGACGAUUUUACGCCUUGCUCUUGGAGAGAUUUUGGCAGGAUGGCCACUCCUGGGAAGAUUCACUACUGUCCCAAACUUUCUCCAUUUGGACAAUAUGGCUCUGACUGUGGUUUGGAUGAGCCCCAGAGCCUUAGAAAUGGCUUUGUAACCCUUUCCAGACUGAUAGGCAUCAACAACUUUUUUCCGGAGGUCUUCAGGAAUUUCUUUUGUUCGUGGCAUGAUGUGCCUCUAGAACCUGUGUGCUGACAAGUUCACUCUGAUGGUAAGGGCCCAAGUUAGUCAGAUUUAUAUUAGGCAGGGGUGUCCCAAAUCAGGUCUGGUUUUUAACCAAAGUACUCAAACAGCUGACCCUACUUAUCCCUUUAAUUGGGUUGCAGUAAUUUUUUCACACCUGAAAAUUGCAUGUUUGAUUACCUUGCACACCAAACAAAUGAAAGAAGCACCAAACUUUGGUGUCAUUUUUUCUCUUGACUCCUUCUAUAUACUGCUACAACCCACAACAAAAUCUGACCAAAUACAAUGUGAAAAAUGUGCAAAAAUGCAGAACAUCAGACGGGGCAAAUACUUUUUCACGGCACUGUAAAUUAUGAUUAUGAGAAGAAGUACAAUGAGGAGAAACGUCACAAUCAAUGAAGGUGUUUGGCAAGUAUGAACUGUGCCAGAUACAAGAAGCAGAGUUUAAGCUACUGGAUUGGCUUAAUUAGCUUCAAGGAAAAAAAACAACAAUGUAAAAGCAGGGGCUGAAACUGUACACUCAUUGUCAUGCCUCUUGCAAAGUCACUGAGAUUCUUCGGCUUUCCCUUUAUAUAGGGAAUUUUCUCAUUUUACUUAUAUCAAAUCUUAUUUUCAGUUGUGACCUUUGCCACAUUGCAGCUCCUGACAAGGGUCAGAUUACAGGAAUGGUGCAGGGCCCUAAAAAUAACAGCCAUUCUUCACCACCAUUCUACACUUAUAAUUUAUACCUCUGAAAACAGCAGAUAACCGCUCUGACUCUCCGGGUGCCGUAGAUUGCUGUUAGACCCACAGCCUUUAUGUCUUGCAGUGAAAUUGGUAUAAAUGACUUCCAGUUGCAGCAGUGUCUAAAACGUUCCCCAGCAGGACUCUGCUAUGCACAGGUUUUGUUCUAAGUGUGUAACCUGAGACCCAAAUAUAUAAAUUGUAAGGGAAAUAGCAAGCUGAAAGUAAUUUACACAGGCGGCACUGGGGUCGCUGUAUAUGCAAGAUUUCUUCAACAGAUGACCUAGAGUUUUAUGGUGCCCUAUUCAGUUUGAAGCAAUUCUAACAUAUUUAAGUUGCUACCACACAUCUUGUCUUUUAUCAGUGUACAAAAACAUCAACUAUUAAGUACUCCUAAAAUAAAUCUAGGGGAAUUCCCUGACUUGCAGUCAUCUGUGAAUGGAUCAAUGCCUUUUCUUACCUCCUAUCAGCUCUGGCAACAUCAUCUUUUCCUGUGUUGAACAACUUUUCAUUCGUUGCUUGUUGUCUAAAUGUGUACAGAAUAAUACAGCUCUGUAGAUUGAUGGGCUGAACUGCAUCUUUCUGGUAUCUAAUUGCUUCCUGUGCUGUAGGUCAGAUUCACUUCAGUGGUGCAGCUGCAGGGGUGUAGCCAGAACUCCUGCAACUUACCUCAAUCUUAGAAGUUGUUUAGCAGAGGACACAUUUAUUUGGAUUGAGAGGUAUGUCAAAUCAGAGACCUUUAUUAAAAAAAAUCUCCCCAGUAUUUGGAAACCAGCCUUGCCCAAAUGUCUUUUGAAAAACAUGGACCUUGGUUUGCCCUUGCAAUAAGCCUUGUGACCAAAAGACCAGGAAGAGAUUUGGUACACUAAGAUCUUUUGAGUGCUACUUGAAAAGUGAACAUAUCCUUAAUUCAAGUUUAAAAAAAAAAAAAAAAAAAACAUGCAAAAAGAUAAUCCACACAACAACAACUGAGCCAAUGAUAGUGUUCCUGAUGCUAGCAAGAGGUCAGCAAAUUCAUUUGAAAGCAUUGGUUAGCACCCCUUUUAAAGGAAAUUUGAUACAGACAGAUCUGGUAGCAAAAUGAAUUGGUUCUUCUGGAAUUGAAAUUCAUGGCUUGAUAUCAGACCACUCCUUGCAUUAAAUCAUUUUUGGAGAAGUUGUCUAUAAUUACAGUGUAGUCUGUUCUUCCACCCCCUCUCCUUUCCUAAACAGAUGAUUUGAAUUUAUUUUGUCAUUAAGUGUGUUAAAAUUGGAUAACUGAUAAUCUGAACCUUGAUUGGUUUUUAUCUCUGUACUCCAAGCUAUAAUUACUUUGAAAUGAAGUCCAGAUCUGCUGCUGCUACUGCUGCUGCAUGACAUUGUAACAUUACUGGCUUGCUGCUUGGAUCGUUUUACAGUGUUUUGUCCCUCAUUGACCCCUGCAGAUUAUGCACCAACCAACACUAACUUGCAGAGAAGUCAAUCCCGUUUCUGCUUUCACGUACAGUACCUACACUUCUCUCCAAUGAGCUUCCGCAAUUCUGAACACUGCAGAACAAAUAUCCCAUCCAGGUAUUUGGAAUUGGUAGUAAAUGGGUAAUAUUUGGAGUGCCAGUGCACACGUGGGAUGUUUUCUGUUUUAACAUUUUUCACCUGUUGUUGUAGAUGGGACAAUUAUCUAUUUAGCAAUACCAAUAAGUUUAGUAAACAAGGGUAAUAUGGACAAUAUUUUGGGGUACUAUUGCACUGAGAUGGUUUGUUCAUUUAAAAUGAUUUGCACAUAUUUGAAGAUCAGACUGUUAUCUGUUAAGUGGCAGAAAGAUGUGUAUUAAGUAAGCAUCACAAACCAAUAAUGGUGUCCUAAUCAUUUUGAACACUAGGGUACCUUCACCCUGCUUAUCUCCGUAGAGAGACAGCAUUAGUAUUGAGUUUCUAUGAGCUUUUCUUGCUUGCACCCAUCACUUCUCCAGUAUGAGCUAUGAAUCCAACACACUGCCUUGCUCUUCUGGCCUUACCAACAACAACAACAAAAAACAUGAACUGUCUGCCAUUUUUCAGCCCAUUGGAGGCCUUACACAGUACAGAGCUCCUAUCUGGUGUUUGGUUAUUUUCUUUGGUGCUUGUGAAUUGAGAGCUGGGAGAUCAUGGCAGUGGCUACAGCCAGUGACCGUUUUGUGUUUCGUGAGUUUUUGUUCAUUCAUUUAUUUAUUUUUUAAAGUUAUGAUUCAAAUGCAAAUAUUGCUUGAUAUGUUUUCAGAAGCAAAAAAUGACAUUCAUGUUUGCAAAAUAAAUGUAGUUUAUAUCCAUUAGUAUACCAACAUAUAUAUACACACACACACACACACGUGUAUAUAUAUAUAAUAUAAUAUACACACACACACGUCCUGAAAUGAAACAAUUCUGCUUUACUGAGGUAUUCCUCUUUUGUUGACAACGUGAAAGGUUUAAUUUUCUGUGAAAUUUCUCUGUUGUAAUAUACUGUUGUAUUAUACAAUUUCUGAAAUAAUUUGUGUUAAACCUCUAUCCCUGGAGAAGAACAUUUUACAGUUAUUAUAAGAAAUAAAAUCAGGUUCCAUAUCAAAAUUGUCUUUAUGUCCUCUAUCUUAAAGGAGUGCUAAACAGGCCUCUAAAAUCCAGUUUCUUAUUUUUUAUUUGCUUGAUCAUCGUCCUGUUUUCAUUGUGAUUAAAUUAUUUUGGUUCUUUGCAGUACCAGGAGACAUGGUUUCAUUGAACUUCGCCAGUAUAAUAAACUGUUAUGAUCCACCAUGUUAUUCUAUUGUGUUGUACUUAAACUAUCUGCACAUGCUGAAAUAAAAUGUAACAUUUAAAAACAACCUGGUUACCAGUAUCACUCCUUUAAAGACAGCUCUUGAGUAACCAGCCAGAAGGGAAGCCCGAGGCUUGUAAGAUUUACUUGAUAGGAAUGGACAUGGUGUUUUACUUGGUGUACCAUUUUUUUGUAUGUAAUUGUGUGUAUUUUGUGUAAUAAACUCCAUGAUAUAUGUUG